AUGGCCACUUUAAGCUCUCUCCUAGUGCUCUCGUUCUUUCUACCUACCAUAGUUUCAACACCUAAUAGAGAUUCAAUAGAUGAGUUCAACACCCUUUCUCCUAUUCCAAGCUAUCUCGCAAAGAGUCCUAAGAAUGUUGACAUGAACACAAUAGACUCAUGCUGGCGAGCCCAAACAAAUUGGGCUUCAAAUCGCCAAUCUUUGGCUGAUUGUGCCGUUGGUUUUGGCAAAGAUGCCAUAGGCGGUAAGUAUGGGGAUAUAUAUGAAGUAACCGAUCCCUCUGAUGACCCCAUUAACCCAAAACCAGGCACACUUCGUUAUGGUGCAAUCCAAACACAGCCCCUUUGGAUAACUUUCGCCAAUGACAUGGUUAUCACGCUGAAGAACGAGCUUAUGGUGAAUAGCUACAAAACCAUUGAUGGGAGAGGAGCUAAUGUAGAGAUUGCAAAUGGGCCUUGCAUUACAAUACAAGGUGUUAGCCAUGUUAUUUUACAUGGAAUAAGCAUUCAUGAUUGUAAACCUGGUAAGGCUGGCAUGGUUAGGAGCACUACUGAGCAUGUUGGGUAUCGUGAAGGCUCUGAUGGAGAUGCCAUUAGUAUAUUUGCCUCCUCCAAUCUCUGGAUUGACCAUUGCUUUUUGGCUCGUUGCACUGAUGGUCUCAUUGAUGUUAUUCAUGCCUCAACUGCUAUCACUAUCUCUAACAAUUACUUCACACAGCAUGACAAAGUGAUGCUGCUAGGACACAGCGAUGAAUACAGAGCGGAUAGAAUAAUGAAAGUAACGGUGGCUUUCAACCGCUUUGCUAGCGGCCUAGUGGAAAGAAUGCCAAGAGUAAGAUUUGGUUAUGCCCAUGUUGUAAACAAUUGGUAUGACGAGUGGCUCAUGUAUGCCAUUGGUGGCAGUGCCGACCCUACCAUUUUUAGUGAAGGAAACUAUUUUAUGGCUUCAAAUGAUCCUGCUGCAAAACAGGUUACGAAGAGGGAAACUAGUGAAAACUGGAAUAGUUGGAAAUGGAGGACUUUGGGGGAUGAAUUCUUAAAUGGUGCUUAUUUUGUGCCAUCUGGGUAUGGAAGUUGUACCCCAUUAUAUUCAUCGGCUCAAAGUUUUAUAGCGGCUGAGGCAUCCACGGUGCCUUUGUUAACUUUUAAUGCAGGGCCACUGAACUGUGUUGUUAACUAA